AUGGCUUGUUACCCGUGGUCCUGGUUGAAUCAGCUAGAGCAACCCACGCUGAAAGCGUUUCGCUUCAUGUAUGAUGCGAACAUAUCGGUGGAGGUGCGAAGUCAGUUAGCAAAUUGGAUCAAAUCGCAAAUGGUCAACCCACCGACCUAUCCCGACAACACGACGGCGAUUUGUGCUCAACAUGCGGCUAUAUUUUUCAACCAACUCGUCCACAAGGUGAAGCGAUUGGGAGUGAAAUGUUCCCCUCACACCAUGCAAGAACAGAACAACUCGGUCAACAUUUUACUAGAGCUCUUCUCAAGCAACCCAGUCGAUCUCUACCAGCAACUGAAGAAAUGUUUGGAACAACAAUGUAUUUCCUACCCGUACAAAUGCAUCCUAUUAGCUGAUAUGGAGGUGUCAGAGAUGUUCAAGCAACUCCAGCGACUCCAAGUAAUGGUGCAUGAGAACGACGUCCAACUCUGCUACAUAAAAACGGAACACGAUUAUCUGGCACAGGAGAAGAAUGCGCUGCAGGAACAUCGAGCACAGCUUAAUACGAUGCUAGAUGAGAAGAUACAAAUAGAAAUGACAUAUUUAGUCGCUCUACGUCAAGACAAAUUCGACGACCAUUUGCAUAAAUUUUGUGGCAAACGAACAGCACUGGUCAAGGCAUUGCAGCACACUAUAGUCAUGACGGGAGAGUUGCAGGACAAGAUCCUGAAUAAAUAUCUUUCGCAAUGGAAAAUUAAUCAACGGUUCGUUGGUAUCGGGUCAUCGGCAAAGAUUGAGAACAAUCUGGAUACCAUACAGUUAUGGUGCGAAAAUCUUGCAGAGAUCAUCUGGAACACGAAGGUACACUUAACGCAGGCUAUCAACACACAACUGGAAGGAUAUAACAAUCUAAUCGAGGCACAAGAUCUAAUGACAGCAAUGAAAUAUGUAACAAGCUUGUGUGAGACGCUUAUCUUCAAUUCAUUUAUCGUCGAAAAACAACCACCCCAAAUUAUGAAAAUCAACGCGAUUUUCGCUGUAACCGUGCGCCUGCUCCUCGGUAAGACGAUGAAAAUCAAGACAAAUCAGCCACAAGUGACGGUGUCCAUCAUUUCCGAGCUUGAAGCACAGGAACUUUAUCGGACAAAAAAAGCUUCUAAUCAUAGUUCUGGUGAAAUGGCGAACAAUGUCAGCUGUUUGAAGUAUAACGGAGUCACGCAGCACUUGUCAGCUGAAUUCACCAGUAUGCGUCUACAAAAGAUAAAGCGCAUGCAUAAGCAACCCAACAAAUGUGUAAUGGAUGAGAAGUUUGCUCUAUUAUUCCAGUUCAGCUUGUCUGCGGAUUGUGAUCUCGUCCUUCCAGUAUGGGCUAUGUCAUGUCCCGUUGUAGUUACCGUACAUGUAUCCCAGGCUCAACAAGCUUGGGCAAACAUAAUCUGGGACAAUGCGUUUGCGGAAAUCGAUCGUACACCGUUCAAUGUGCCAGAAGUAGUGUGUUUUAACUGGUUAGCCAACGCACUCAGUGUAAAACUAAAUGGCCCCUUUGGCCAUUCCUUGGCAGUGGAUCAGAUGCAUUUCCUAUGUGAAAAAGCUCUUGGGUACAAACAACCGUUUCCGGUACCUGACGACCUCGCCAUCACGUGGUCCCAGUUCUGCAAAGAAAAUCUGCCUGGCAGUGAUUACACAUUUUGGGAAUGGUUUUACCAGGUGAUGAAGUUGAUACAUGAGCACCUGCAUGAAUUCUGGUUAAACGAGAGAAUCAUUGGUUUCAUAUCAAGGCAGCAGGCGGAGCAAUAUUUGAGCAAAUGUCAGCCAGGAACUUUCUUAUUGCGUUUUUCUGAAACGGUGGUUGGCGGUAUCACGAUCGCAUUCGUGCAUGAAAGCAACAAUUUGCUGCGCAAGAUAUUGCAUGUUCAACCUUUUACGGCAAAGGAGUUGUCCAUCCACUCGUUGGCUGAUCGUAUACUCGAUUUGGAUGAGCUUUCCUAUCUGUACCCGUACAUACCGAAGCACGUGGCGUUUCAACGACAUGAAAUUAAGAGUGAGCAGAACUACGAUACGAAUUAUGUCGCGUGGAAGCUGCAGGCCACGCUGAAACUUCCAAGUAACGACCGUGUGACGAACAACCAAUCGAGUAACAAUCAGUACCAGAUGCCCAUCACGAGUGAGUCCACCUUGCCAACCCUCGACCAGGUGACUUUCUUUGAUCUUGAAAACAUUGGCCUGUUCUCACAUGAAGCGUGA